AUGUGUCUACCCCACCGCAAAUUUUCAGUGUGGGCACAUCGGAUCGAUCGCAGGAUCGGUGCUACAGUUCUGUUAAUUCACUCGCGGCGCGCUCUACUCUCGCCUCUCACUUGGGAUGGUCGCCGCGUUGUGACGGCACGGCCUUGCACUGCGCAGUGCACAGGGGCGUGUGACAGCAGGGAGCUGUACCAAGUGCCACCAGCGCCACUAACACGUUGCCAUUGGGAGCACCACCAGAGCGCCCAGCCACCCCACCCCAGCGUUGGCAGCGUGGCGGCGGCACUGACCCCGCUGCUGAUGGACGCGUCUGGCCCGCCUGCCGACAGCCGGGACGUGGAGGGGGAGAAGGCGGCGCUGCACGCGGCGGUGCCGCCGAUGCUGUCAGCGGAGGAGGACGUGGAGCAGCCGCAGCGCAUGCAGCUCUUCAUGGCGCACCUCAUGGCGCACCUCUUCUGCUGCGGCACCCUCGCCCGCCCCCACUGCGACAUCCCCGCCGGGCCCCCAGAGGCCAACGACCCGCCACCACCCCCUUCGCGAGGGUUUGUGCCCAUAGAUCGCUCCAUGCCGCCCAUCAUGUCGGGGCGCGUGCUGCACCUGCCCGCCUCCUACCUCUUCUCCGCUGGCCGACCCUCAGAAGACGACGACUAG